GCCGCGAAAUGUUAGUGGCAUAGGCAGUUCUGCUAACUUGUCCCCAGGAACAAUCUGUCUGUCCGGGAGUCAAGUUUCUCAUGUUGUGUCCGUGAUAGCUGUUCUAUUUCAUUUUCCUGGUUUGGUUUGGUAAGAAAAUGCAGCGAGUUUCACGUUUGAAGAGGGAACUACAGCUUCUUAACAAAGAACCACCCCCUGGUGUCAUUUGCUGGCAAAAUGAGAGCAAUAUGGAUGACCUCCGUGCACAGAUUAUUGGUGGAUCAGGGUCUCCAUACGAGGGUGGCAUCUUCAAUCUGGAAAUCAUUGUCCCAGAGAGAUAUCCAUUUGAACCACCGAAGAUUAGAUUCCUAACUCCUAUAUAUCAUCCUAACAUUGAUUCUGCAGGUAGAAUCUGUCUGGACAUUCUGAAAUUGCCUCCAAAGGGUGCAUGGAGACCAGCUCUCAAUAUAUCCACUGUUCUUACAUCUAUCCAGCUUCUGAUGAGUGAACCUAACCCAGAUGACCCUCUUAUGGCUGAUAUUUCAUCAGAGUUUAAGUACAACAGGGCAGUAUUCUUUUCCAAUGCAAAAAAGUGGACAGAAAAGCAUGCGUUACCAGCUCCACAGGGCUCUGAUAAAGAAUCACAAGAGAAGUCUGGUUCUUCUGAAGGCACUUCACAUAAACGCAAAAGUGCAGAAAUUGCUGAAGAAUCUAAAAAACCAUGCAGAGAACCGUGACACGCUCAUGCUGUUUGUGCAUUUGUUUGUUUUCUGUGAAUCCAUGUUUGUAUAUACUUUGUUGUUUUUGGAAUGUUUACUUUGCAGUUCUUUUUUUAAUAAAAUAGUAAGCAUUUUUGUUAAAAGCGAUUAUUAAAAACAAGAAAAACUUCUAUGGUCUAACAAUUCUAAGAGUGCAGUAGGACAAUGGAAGCAGUAAAUUUGUUUUCUUUCUUAAACAAUAUAUGGCAAGUGUAUUUUGUAUUAUACCAACCGAAAUGUUUGUGCAACAAUAUGGGACAUUUGAGAACACUACAACAGGUCUGAAAACAUUUUUAGCAAUUCGUUUUUUGGGAGUUUUUUUUUACAAAAUGGCAAAACAGUCUUAAUAACAAAAAUGUUUAAUGCAGAAACCUUUUUUUCAGCAUCAAGACAACAACUAUAGAUAACUUUCUAAUGGUGUUUCAGAGUAAUAUAAAAUUUCCAUAAUUGUUUAGUAAAAUAUCCCUUUAAAACUAUAUUGGGGGAAUUUAAUAGAUGUUGCUAACGGACAAAUUGUUUGCAAUGCAAAUAAAUGUUUGCAAAGUGAACAAUUUUGCCGUUGCAAACAAUUUGCCCAUAACACAACAGUAAGAUAUCAAUUGUGAAUUUUAUAGUUUGCACAGUGCGUGUAAAAAUGAAAAAGUUAUCACAUUUGCUCCAAAAGUUUAUGCCACCUUCAAGCAGGUCUUAAAAGAAUUGUUUAUUAAAAAAAAAAUUGGCAAAUAAAAGAUGUUUUCAAUAUACAGUAGUUAGUACAAAAAUGUAAUCUAUAAAUGCUGGAGUGACUGGAUGUCUAAUAUAAUAGCCAGAACACUACUUCUUGGUUGAGGUUGUAUUCUGUUCUGUUAUAUGAGACAUCUGCUCACUUCAGCCUUUGUAGAUUACAUUUGUGUCUAACCUACAAUAUUAGAAACCUUUUUUUUUUUUUAUUAUUUACUAUUUACCCAGUUUUUAUUUUUACACUAAACUGUUCCUUAAAAGUGGUUGUUCACCUUUGAUUUAACUUUAAACAUGAUUUACAGAGUAAUAUUCUGAGACCAUUUGCAAUUGGUUUCAAUUUUAUAUUGGUGGUUUAUGAAUAGAAUAGAAUUGCCCAUUCAAUAACAUACUAAUAGUUAACCACGCCUUUAAAGGUUUGCAAUGCUCAAAAAAGAUGUGCAAUGCAAUAAAAGCCUAAUGAAUGAUA